AUGGCAACAGAAACAACCCCAGAACCAUCGCAAGUGGUCUCGGCCAUACCAUCUCCCCACUCCCAGCCAACCUCCAAAUCAACCACCACAAUCACCACAACCAACACGCCAACUGAAAUCCAUCAAAAGUACCUCCGGCGCAUCUCUCUCCACCCAACACUGACCCCAUUUCGCCGACGCGUCUACCGCGCUCUCCUCUCCGUCCCCGAAGGACGAUGGACAACAUACUCCGCGAUGGCAACAUACCUCAACUCCAGCGCGCGGGCGGUAGGCAAUGCGAUGCGCACGAAUCCCUUCGCGCCCGAAGUACCCUGUCACCGAGUACUCGCGGCAGACCGCUCACUUGGUGGGUAUAAGGGGGAGUGGAAGGUUAGCAAGCAUAUAGGUAGUGGUUCUUUUCGCGACGAGAAGAGGUUAAGACUCCUAGACGAGGGGGGUUACUUUUGA